UCGACUGGAAUUGUGAACUCCAAGCAAUCAUGGAAUAUUAAUGAUGUUAACAACUCAGCAGCAGUUCCAGCCGUCCUUACAUGUGAGGAUCUUGAAAAGUCAAUUCUGUCAGAAAGCAAAGAAAAUGAUCCGAGUUUGCCUCCUGCUAUUGAAGGAUGGAAAAUUCCUGAUGCCGGAUGUGAGAAGCAAGAAGUUAAUGUCGACAAUCAUGCAUCCCAGCACCUUCUUUCUUUGUUACAAAAUAAAACAAGUACAAAAACUAUAGUAUCAUCUGCCAAUCAUGACGUCAGGUCUUCAGAAAGGGUGAAAACUGCUGACACGGCACCUUGUGAUUCAAUAGACAUAAUUGCAGAAAAUGCUUCUGAUUCAGGGAAGAGUCUAACUCUUGAAGCACUUUUUGGAAGUGCUUUCAUGAAGGAACUACAAUCAGUUAAAGCACCAGCUUCUGUCCAGAUGGGCUCUGGCUAA